AGAGAGAGAGAGAGAGAGAGAGAGAGAGAGAGAGAGCGCAACUUUACAACCACCACCGCUUUCAACGUAAUUGAAUUAUUUUGGAGAGUGAGAGUCGUCAGCGUGGAAGCUUAGGUGAGAGACGCCGAAAUCCCCAGAAAGCCCUCGCCCUCUCCGUCUCUCUUGGACCGUCUGGUAGGGGCAGUACUGGUAGAGUACUCUUCCCUCCAUCUUCCUCUCUCUCUCUGAGCUGAGCCGUGCCGUUUUACGACUUGAGUUUCUUCUGCUCUACGCUUCUCAAGCGUUUUGACCUUGGCUCACUCUCUGAGCUUCUCGCGCUCUCGGAGGAGCCCCGCUGCAAAAUGACGAGAAUGCCACUGCCAUUGUUGAGCUCUGCUCCCAUGGAGGCCGUCUCCAUGCUCUUCAAUUGGUGGGACGAGAUCAACGAGUCCUCCCGGUGGCAGGACGGCUUGUUCUACGCUCUCUGCGCCUCCUACGCCCUCGUCUCUUCCGUCGCUCUGUUUCAACUAAUAAGGAUUGAAUUGAGAGUGCCAGAAUACGGGUGGACGACGCAGAAGGUUUUUCAUCUCAUGAACUUCAUUGUUAACGGAGUACGAGCAAUUGUUUUCGGAUUUCACAGUCAAGUGUUUCAGUUGCACCCGAGGGUACUAAUAUUGGCCUUGUUGGAUCUUCCUGGACUGCUAUUUUUCUCUACGUACACACUUCUUGUCCUCUUUUGGGCGGAGAUUUAUCACCAGGCAAGAAGUUUACCAACUGAUAAGCUGAGGAUUGUUUAUGUAUCAGUCAACGCUAUCAUGUACUUUAUACAGGUUUGCAUCUGGAUAUACCUCUGGAUAGACGACAACAGUGUCGUUGAGCUCAUUGGAAAGAUAUUCAUUGCAGUUGUGUCAUUUGUGGCUGCACUAGGCUUCUUGAUAUACGGAGGAAGGUUAUUUUUCAUGCUGAGACGCUUCCCCAUUGAAUCUAAAGGGAGAAGGAAGAAACUUCAUGAGGUCGGAUCGGUUACAGCCAUAUGUUUCACCUGCUUUCUCAUAAGAUGCUUUGUGGUUGUCCUAUCGGCUUUUGAUGCAGACGCAUCACUUGAUGUUUUGGAUCAUCCGGUUUUGAACGUGAUAUACUACAUGCUGGUUGAGAUCCUGCCUUCAGCACUAGUCCUUUACAUCUUGCGCAAACUGCCCCCCAAGAGGGUAUCGGCUCAGCAUCAUCCGAUCCGUUAGCACAAUUCACCCUUAUUCUUUAUGUUAUUUUUGCUCCCCUAGAAUUAUUCUUUACGGAUUUGGAGUUUGGUGCAAAUGAAAAUGAGCGAAAGCCAGAAAAACAGUCCAGAUGUAGAAUUCCGGCGUGGCUCAUGCUGCCGGCAUUUUUUUAGACGUAUGUAUAUUACACAGCUCUCUAGAGCUAGCCAAGGGAAGAUAAUUGAAUCAAUUCCAUGGUUAUUUUGACAGUUAGUAGUUUAUUCGAUCGACGUUGUGACAGAAAGGAAAUGUUCAUGUAAUUUUAUUGUUGUAGGUUGUGUUUUUAUUUGUUUUUAGGGUACACUUACACAUCAUGUUGAAGCUCAAGUGAUUUGUUUUCUUAGCCCCCAGUAGACAAUUGAUGUGAAAUAAUAUAAGCAGAUCAUUUUUUUUUUA